AUGGUGUCGCUGAAGCUGCAGAAGCGGCUCGCCGCCAGCGUCCUCAAGUGCGGCAAACGAAAGGUCUGGGUUGACCCCAAUGAAGUCAGUGAAAUCUACAAGGCCAAUUCCCGACAAAAUAUUUGGAAGUUGAUUAAUAAUGGUUUUAUCAUCAGGAAGCCAACCAAGAUUCACUCUCGAUCCCGUGCUCUCAGAAUGAAGGAGGCCAAGAGAAAGGGACGUCACUCUGGAUAUGAAUCGAAACCCGAACAGAGGGUCCUGAGGCGCUUGCUGUGUAAAUACAGGGAGUCGAAGAAGAUUGACAAGCACAUGUGUCAUGACAUGUACAUGAAGCUGAAGGUUAAUGUUUUCAAGAGCAAACGUGUUCUGAUGGAGAGCAUCCACAAGUCUAAGGCUGAAAAGGCGAGAAAGAAGACGUUGUCUGAUCAGUUUGAGGCUAAGAGAGCAAAGAACAAGGCUAGUAGGGAAAGAAAGAUUGCAAGGAGGGAGGAACGUCUGGCCCAGGUGACUACAACUUUGAUAAUAGUUGGAUUGCAUGCAGAUGCUUUGAAAAUGACAAAAAAUAAGGAUUAUGAAUAA